CAUCAAAAAUUUUAGUGGAAACAAUUUUUAACAAACAAAAGUUACAUUAUUCAUUUCAUUAAAAUGAUAACCGAUUAUUUGCGUCUAAAAAAAUCGGUAGAAGUUAUUCUUAUAAUAAUAAUCGCCAUUUGGAUAUUGAGUUUUGAUAAAUCGCCAGCACAUGUAGAUUCUAACUUGGACGAAAUUUGGAAAUUUAGAUUCAGUAAAGAAAUACGUAAACACAAUAUGGAAGAAUUCAUGAAAUAUGUGCUAUCUUUUGUUGUAAUAGUAAGAGCGUUCACAUCAAGAGUAUUCCUCAUACUAUAUGUAAUUAUUCUUUGGCCAGCCGUUUUCGAAACGAAAUCCUUUUUAAUCAUCCCUUGGUUAGUGAUUGGACUCGUAAGAACGAUCUUUGUAAACUUUUUAACCCUUAGUGCAGGAUGUUACAGUUGUUUUUUGCAAAAAGGGGUACAUUUGACUUGUCUAGAUUUUAUAAUAUCACAGAUCGUAGACCACGGCCCUGCAGUUUAUGCGUGGUUCUCCAUAUAUAAUUACUACAUUCAAAUCAGUAAACCUAAGAUAGAGAAGAAAAAGACGGACCUUUUAUUGACUGGAAAGGAAUUUAUAAAUAUAACCCCUUUGUCAAAAUUAAUGGGCCCUUUGAGACAUUAUGAAAUACCUACAAGAUCCCUAGACACUUUACUAAGUUUAGAAGAGUCCGUUUUAAAUUUUAAAAGCAGAACAAAUUGUAGUAUUCCAGAUACUACCAAAAGAGAAGUACAAGUUAGAGAAAAAAAUAAUACAACACGUGACGUAAUAUCGAGGAAGGAUUGUAAUGUAACUCAAUCUGCUAGAGUAUUUACUGGAAUUUCUAAAAAUUCUCUAGUAGAAGAAAAAGAGUUACAUUGUCUUUCUUGGGAUGAAUCCUUUGUUAGAAUGAAUAAAGAAAAAAUAUGAAAAUCAAUUACAUCUGAUAUGUUAAAUCAAGAAUCAAGCUCCCUG